ACUAGAACCUUCGCCUUCCCCAAACCCUUUUAUAUCUCCGCCUCUGGCUCUAUCGCAGCUCGUGUCCGACUCGUGCCGUUCGUGUGCUCCACAUUUCUGUUGUUGAAGUUAGAAUCAUAGCCAUGGGGAAGAGCUAUCCUACUGUGAGCGAGGAAUACGAAAAGGCUGUUGAAAAAGCCAAGAAGAAGCUCAGAGGCCUUAUCGCUGAGAAGAACUGUGCUCCGAUUAUGCUCCGUAUCGCAUGGCACUCUGCCGGUACCUUCGAUGUGAAGACGAGAACCGGAGGUCCUUUCGGAACGAUGAAGAAGCCAGAAGAGCUAGCUCACGGAGCCAACAACGGUCUUGAUAUAGCCGUUAGGCUCUUGGAACCUAUCAAGGAACAAUUCCCUACCAUUUCGUACGCUGACUUCUAUCAGUUGGCUGGAGUUGUUGCUGUUGAGGUCACUGGAGGGCCUGAAAUUCCUUUCCACCCAGGGAGAGAGGACAAGCCGGAGCCACCACCUGAGGGUCGUCUGCCAGAUGCCACCAAAGGAUGCGAUCACCUGAGACAGGUGUUUGUUACUCAAAUGGGUCUCAGCGACAAGGACAUCGUAGCUCUCUCUGGGGCCCACACCCUGGGAAGGUGCCACAAGGAGCGGUCUGGAUUUGAAGGACCCUGGACCUCCAACCCUCUGAUCUUUGAUAACAGCUACUUCAAGGAACUCCUUAGCGGAGAAAAGGAAGGUCUUCUACAGCUGCCAAGUGAUAAAGCUCUUCUCUCAGACCCAGCCUUCCGUCCUCUUGUCGAGAAAUAUGCCGCUGAUGAAGAUGCCUUCUUUGAGGAUUACAAAGAAGCCCAUUUGAAGCUCUCUGAGCUGGGAUUUGCUGAUGCCUAAAAGAAAAUUGGACACAAGGUGGGUGGAGCUGGCAAGUUUCAUUUGCUGAUUUACCGUUAUGUUUUUAGAUUCUGGAAGCACUUAUGUGGUCUGGGCAGUUUCAUGAUGAAGAAGUUGGAGUGAUUUUUGCUUAAUUUUGUUGGACAUGGUAAAUUGAAAUAUCAGCAUGAUUGCUUGGUUAUUAGUGCAAUGUUCAUCCUCCAACUAUAAUAAAGAAAUUGUUUACUGAA